AUGGCCCCGAACGAAAGCAACAAGCGUCUGGCUUUGGCCAUCAUCGACUUCCUCGGCGGCAGCCUGAAGGACGGUACUCUCACCGCCGAUGAUGCCGAGUCGAUUGAAAUCGCCCAGUCAUGUAUCGCCGAUACCUUCAAGGUUGACCCUACCGAUGAGGGCGCUGUGAAGGAUGCUCUUGGAGGACAGUCCCUCGCCGGUAUCUACAGCGUUUACGAGAAGUUGCGCAGCAAGUCUUCGCCCCAAGCCGAUGCUGGAGCUUCGCAGCCCCAACAGCCCAAGGUUGGCGCGCCUACCCCCGAGUCCGAUAAGUUGAAGUCUGAGGGCAAUGCUCUCAUGGCCAAGAAGGAUUACCCCGCCGCCAUUGAGAAGUACACCCAAGCUUUGGAGAUCGCCCCCGCAAACCCUAUCUACCUUUCCAACCGCGCCGCCGCUUACUCUGCCUCCGGAAAGGCUGACAAGGCCGCUGAGGAUGCCGAGAUGGCCGUCUCUGCUGACCCUAAGUACUCCAAAGCCUGGAGUCGUCUGGGUCUCGCCCGCUUUGAGCUGGGUGACUACCGCGCCGCCAAGGAAGCUUACGAGAAGGGUAUUGAAGCUGAAGGCAACGGUGGCAGCGACGCUUUGCGCCGUGGUCUGGAGACUGCUACACGAAAGAUCGAGGAGGCUGGCCGUGCUACCGAGCCUCCUUCUGAAGAGUUGGACUCUGCUCCUGGCGCAUCCCGUGGCGCCGGCGGCAUGCCGGAUCUCUCCUCGCUUGCUGGUUUGAUGGGCGGUAUGGGUGGUGGUGGCGGUGGCAUGCCCGACCUGAGCUCCAUGAUGAGCAACCCCAUGUUCGCUAGCAUGGCUCAGAACCUCAUGAGCAACCCCGAUAUGCUCAACAACAUCAUGAGUAACCCUCGCAUGCGCCAGAUGGCCGAGAGCUUUGGCCAAGGUGGUGGCGGCAUGCCCGAUAUGUCCAGCCUCAUGAGUGAUCCUAGCAUUGCGGAGAUGGCUCGCAACAUGAUGGGUGGUGGCGGUGCCGGACGUGGCAGCCAGUAA